ACAACAACAGAUUUGCUCUCUCAACUCAACUCUCAGUUGCUCUCAGUGUUUUUAGCAUGCAAACUAAACUGUGAGAAAUUUAUAACGCGACAUUUGCACGUCUACUUUGGAGCAUGACGGUCGUUACGGAUACGGUUACGGAUGCGGAUAGAAGAUAAACGCAUGCAGCUUGCAGCUCCCCAAUCCUCGUUACAACUACAAAAACCAACAAGAGUAGAACUUUUGAGUUUCUAUAACAAAUUCAAAUUGGAGGCUUGCAAAAAAAAAAACAAAAACAAAAAAAAAAUAACAACGGUUGUGUUAUUGAUUCUGUGUGACUGUGUGUGUUUGUGUAAGUGUAUGUGUUAGUUUUGCAGUUGCAGCGCAGCAAACGUCGCUGUCUCGUUUCCUCCUUCCCCCGCGCCACACCAAAGCUGUUCGGUUUUUUGGGUGCGUCGUGAUUUUUGUAUAUAAAAUACGAACAACAUUUUUUGCGAGCAGCGCAGCCUGCAGCCAGCAGAGCAGCUCAAUCCCUGCAACUGAGAAAAAUACUUAAAUACAAAUAAAGAGCAAAUGUUUGACAAGUUUAAAUAAUACAAAAUAUAUUAAGUCUAAUAAUUGAACACAACUUUUGCUAGAUUCACAAUGUGCAACAGAAACUAACAGCAAAUAAACAAAACAAAACAAACAAUAUUAACAACAACAACAACAAGCAACAACAAAUUCAACAUGAAGAUGGUUGACAAAUCAGCCAAAUUGAUGGAUAAAUUUGUCGCUAGCAACAGCAGCGGCGGCGGCAGCGGCAGCGGCUCAGCGUCUGCAGCAGCCAAUGCAGCAGCUGGCGGCGCUGCGUCUGCAACGGCAGCGGGCUCAGCUGGCGGCGGCAGCGGCAGCAAUAUGACAACUAGUAAUGGACAAAAGCCGGUGCCUAUGAAACUCUUUGCCGCCUGGGAAGUUGAUCGAACGCCGCCCAAUUGCAUACCAAGAUUAUGCUCAUUGACAAUAACGCGUCUUUCCAUAUUGACACCGUUGCCCGGAGACACAACUUCAUUGUCACUGGCGGUGAAAAUGCAAAGUUCGAAGCGAACGUUGCGCAGCCAUGAGAUACCCAUUAAUGGCAGUGCAUUGACCUCAAUGGCUUCCAGUCGAGAGAACUCCAUGCAGGGCAACUCGCCGCUGGCCAAUGUUAUUGGCGGUUCCGGAUUGAUUGGCACCCCGGGAAAUGUCGGAAAUGCGGGAAUUGGCACCAACAACAUGAUGCCAUUGACGGAGACGGAACUGGACUUGCACUUUAGCCUGCAAUAUCCGCACUUUAUCAAGAGAGAUGGCAAUAGACUGGUGAUUUUGUUGCAACGCCGCAAGAAAUAUAAAUCGCGCACUAUUUUGGGUUACAAGACGCUUGCCGAGGGCAUUAUUCGCAUGGAUGCGGUGCUUCAGAAAUCGAUGGACAUGAUUAUUGAGCUAACUGCAUCUGGGAAGAACGGAAGACCUGGAACUGUCGUUGCCUGUCUGCGCGCCGAGCGCGUCUCCUCCAUUCCAGUUGAUCAUGACAAUAAGAACAACAACAGCGUCCUGCUGGCAGAUCGCAUUACUGAAUACUCCGACGAGGACGAGGAAGCUGAAUUUAGUUCGGGUGAAUUUAACGACGAAUCAAAUGAUUUGGCCAUAACCGGCUACGAUCAGAAGCGUGAUUAUAACCCGACCAAGCAUGAUAUGCGCAAAUAUCGCAAUAAAUUGCAAAGAUCGGGCAUUGAGGAUAUCGCAAUAGUUGGACAUCAUCCGCAUCCCGUCGAUAGUGACAGCGAGUUCGAGAUGAAGGACAAGAGCUCAUCCCGUGCCAAGUUUAGUAGGACAAUUUCACUGCAACAACGCAACUUUAAGCAGAAAAUUGUCGCGCUGCUGAAGCGUUUCAAGGCCAGCGAGGAGCUGGAGGAUGAGACGCACAGUGGGACGGCGGCGUUGAGGGGUGAACGCGAUUUGGAUGCACUCUUCCAGGAGCUGGAGUCGCUCUCCUGUUGCGAGGGCGAUGAUUCCGGACCGGAUAUGGAUAGCAUAUCGAUUGGCUCAACGCCAAAGCCAUCACUGCGUCCCUUCUUCACCAACUCGCGGAUAAUGCUCCACGAGAAUCUAACGGGCAACGGGGGAGGCGUCCUUACAACAGGUACAACAGGAAACUCUGAGCGCCGAUCAUCGGAUAAGAGCGACCAAUUGACCAAUUCAUCUUACAAUAUUGAAAAUAACAAAAACCAAAAAUGCAUUCAUUUAACAAACAAUAACAAUUCGGCUACAACACCAGAUCGCGGCAAUGAGAGCUCCGGGAAUGAGGAUGGCCAGAACUCGGAUACACAGAACAGUCCGCCCAGGGACAAGGACUAUCUGCGUCAACAUCAUCAGCAAUUGACUCCAGUGAGCUCUGUGACCGGCAACAUGGCAGGCGGAGCAGCAGGAGGAGGAGGUGGAGGAGGCGGCACCAAUGUCACUCCCCCUCACGUACAAACCGAGAAGCGUUCCCGUCUCUUUCGCACCUCUAGCAAUACGCCCAUCAUCGGUGCCCCUGGAGGAGGAGGAGGAGUAGGUGGCAUCAAUGUGAGCAACAGCAGCAGCGCCGUCGGCAAGAGAAAGCACACUUUGAGCUUGAGCUCAGAGCCGAGAUCCGCAUUGGAGACUUGCCUCUCGCCCACCAAUGUGGAGCCGCGAAAGAUGCUCCUCGAUCAGCUGAGUCGCGUCUUUGCCGGCGACGAUAAUGUCAUUCCCGAGGUGCUGACCAUCAUCAGUCCCCCGGAGGCGUUGGGCGGCAGCACGCUCCUGGCCAAGCUGGUCACACUGUUUGCCAACUCGUUUAAGCCAGCCUUUGUGCCACAGAACACGGCCGAGGUCAAGGCUGUGCUGCAGGCGCUCAUGACCAAGAUUCAAAAGUAUUGCAACUCGAAUGCGAAGCCGCCGCACACGGUGAAGGUGCUGCUGAUUGGAGGCGACUGGUUACAGGGUGCCACUUUGCGUCACUAUGUGGAGCUGCUGGGCGUGCGUCCGCCCGACUGGCUGCAUCACCUGCGCUUCUACCUGGUGCCCAUUGGCGGUGGCAGCAGCAACGGCAGCGUGGCGCGUCAUUUGAGUCAAAUGGAUCAGGCCUAUGCCGCCAUGUUUGGCUCCGACAAUUGGUGCCAGCUCUGUGAACGGGCGGCGGCAACGGCGGCGGCGGUCAGUGCUGUGACCACUGUGAAUGCCACCGCACUCACCGCCAACCUGGCGGAUGCGGCGGCCGUGUCCAAGUCGGACAUUGCCGAGCUGGUGCAGCGCAUCCAGCGGUAUCUGCAUGCGGCGGGUCCGUGCACCCAAAUCCCCAUUGCCGAGGCCAUGGUCAACUACAAGGACGAGGACUCGUGCCAGAUCUUUGUGCCCUUUGUCAGCGAUGUACGCAUUGGUUAUCUGGAUGGUGCACAGGCCUCGCUGGAUCUCGAGGAGAAUGCUGCCGCCAAUGCGGCUGCUGGCCGAGAAGCAGCUGGAGGUGGGGCAGGAGGAGGUGGAGGCGGAGGAGGAGGAGGAUCAGUGAACACUUCCAGCUUGCCAAUUGCAAUUGGCAAUCAGAAUACGGCCAAUAUGCAUGGCGGUAUUUCAGGAUCUCCGCCACAGCAGCAAUUGCAACAAGUUGGCCCAAAUCAGGGCCAGAAUAUGGGACGCAUAUCACCACCGCUGCAGACACCGCCGUCAUCGGCCUCCUCCCAUCGCGAUCGGGAACGGGAACGGGGCUCCAGUGAUGCACAAAAUACGCCCUCAUCGCUGCAAUCGGUGCAGACAUUCAGCGGAUCAUUGGCCGCUGCUGCCGAGGCUGUGGAACUGCAGGUGGAUUACUGGCCACUGGUGCGACCCGGUGAAACGCAUCUCAAGGAAUCAAAGGGGGGAAUGUCCCGUGGUGGCGACUCGGGCGGUGGCAAGAAUAGCAUUAAGAGUACGUUUAGGAAUCUGCAGGUGUGGCGUCUGCCACAGCAUGCACAGCAACUGGGUGAUAUGUCCAAUGGACUGACUGUCAGCUUUGCCACCAAGGAGAAGAAGCAGAAGCAGAUUAUGCGCUUGGGUAAGAAGAAGGAUAAGGAGCGUGAUCUCGAGAAGGAGCAGUGUGUGGAGGGCGUGGCACGCCUCAUUUGCUCACCAAAGCAAUCGCAUCCAGUUCCGUUGCGUGUGUAUAUCGAUGGUACUGAGUGGACUGGCGUCAAGUUCUUCCAGCUGUCGUCGCAAUGGCAAACGCAUGUCAAGAAUUUUCCCAUUGCUCUAAUUGGAUGCACGCCCAUGUCCUGUGCUGAAUUAACCUAGUCAUCAUAAUACCCUAUAAACAUUCUAGCACACACACAGAUACACACACAUACACACACACAGAGAGAGCAAGGGAGCCAGACACAUGCACGGCAAUAAAUAUUAUUAACUAAGAAGAAUGAUAAUUUAUUUUAUAAUUAAUAUUUGUAAAUUUUUAGUUAAUAACAAAAAAACAGAAAGAAAAAAAACAUUUAGCUUGUAAUUUUGAUUUUAAGUCGAGAAUUGUGAAUUUAUCAAAAGAUUUUCGAGCCACAUGCAUCACACACACACAAACACACACACUCACAGACACAAGUAAUUAUAUGGUUAAUAUAUGUAUGCAUAUUGAAAUUAUAAAGCGUUCAACACUUGUUAGCAAUUGACGCGUAUAUCAAAUAUCCUUUUAAAAAAUGCAAAUUAAAAAUACUAUCCAUAGUAGUUACAGUUUACAACUUAACUUUGCCUGUUAGCCAAGUUGUUAGCGUGUUUCCGUUGCCGUUUUCGAUUUGUAUUUCAUGCAAAUAUCAGGGUAAUAUCCUUGAUCUCAAUUGGCAUUAUCUAAACUAAACGAAACUUAACUAUCGAUCGUAUCUAUGUAUGUUACUGUUAUAACUACAACUAUUUAGCAAAUGCGAUUGCGAAUGCGAAUAUUUAACCAAACCCGUCGUCUAUAUACUACCUUAAAUCAGACAAAUUAUCUGGAUGUGUAACUAAAUAUAUAUACGUGUAUGUAUACAAUAUUAUACAUACCUAUAAAACAAUAUGUAGAUAUUAGAUAGGUGUAUAACUGAUAGGUAUAUACCUAUCCAAUAUACACACAUAUUUAUAUAUAUAUAUACUACUCUAAUUGUUGUGAUUUUUGAAAAUUCAUAGUAUGAGCAGCCAAUGCAAAAAGUUGUCUAAGCAAAGGAUAUAUACAUAUAUAUAUAUAUAUAUAGCAUACAUAUAUGUUCAUGUAUAGAGUAUACAUCAGUUUCAAGCAAUAUGCAAAGUCGUAAAGUCAAAAAUGUGUGCAGAAAUGUAACGAAAUGAGAUGAAAUAUUGUAAGGUGUGUAAUUUAUAAUUGUAUUAUUAAAUAUAUUACAUUUAAAGACAUGAA